UAAAACGAUAUUUUUGUGUACCAUCUCUAACAAGAAGUAUCCACUUUUUCACGGCAACAAAGAAUUUGUAUGGCAUAGAAUUUAGCAAAUUAACCCACGUUAGAGCCAUUAAAAUGCCAUUAAAAUAGUGUAACAUAACGGAGAUAAGUGCAAUUUAAAGUUAAAACUGUAAUUCAAAAUUUACAAACUGCGACGCAGCCUUGAACAACAAUUUUUUUAUGCUGUAAAAAAAGCCAGGAUAAUGGAGCAGAACUCCAGCGCUAUUUCAACCGAGCAGGAGCUGGAUGUCAAUAGUCCAAUAGCAACUGCUACUACAGCCGCCUGCAGUAGCAGCGGCAGCGGCAGCGACAUCAGUGCUACACAUGAAUUCCAGACCAUGAAACCGGGUGCAGGACAUAAACUGCAACUACAGCAACAACAUCAGCAGCAGCAUAUGGGCAAUGGUCGCACUGAGCUGCCACACAGCGAGCUGGUAAAGAUGCUUUACUACUUGGAAGGCGAGUUGCAGGCACGGGAUGUGUGCAUCGCUGCGCUACGCAACGAGCGCGUCAAGCAUCUGAUCACACAGCUGCGCACGAAGCGCGUGCAACCAAAUGAUCCGUACGCAUCGCUAUUCCGAGAUAAGAUCGCCUUAAAUGGCAAUCUGAUAUCGCGCGAGUCCUCGACACAGGCCGCCCAAGCUGAGAUGGAAGUACGACAGAUCAUUGAGCAGCAAAUGGAGCAGCAGUAUCAGAUGGUCAGCAAGCAGCGUGGCACCCAUGUKCGSAUGGUUAACAUAUUGACUGAGUCGCUGGAGAACAACCAGCGCAUGUUGCAGCAGCUGGAGGAGGAGAGACGCAAGCACGAGCACGAUACCGCYCAGGGCGAUGACAUAACCUAUGGCCUGGAAAUGGAGCGCACCAAACUGCGUCAACAGCUGGAGGCUGAGCAUGCCCAAGUGACCAACAUGGAAAAGGAUCUCAAGAAG